CCUGUGGUCACUAUUACUGCCAAUAAGCAAUAUCCACAUGGUGUUAGGUUGUUGCAAACGCUCAUAUAGGAUUAGGAAUGCAACACUUAAUUAUAUGUAAUGCAUAAUAAAUAUACAUCUAAUGAUCUAUCUAUUUUCAGUUGUCCUGGAACUGUUCGAAGUUUUAAGUGUGUGGUAGUUGCUCGGCAUACAUGUGUUUUUAUGGGGUUAACCGUUAGCGUUAAGUAUUUGGAUGAAUAUAAGAAACAUAAGUCAAAUCCGUCAGUGCAUUUUGUGAAGUUUGGUUUCACUGUAGGAUGAGGUGAGCUCUCUGACACGUUUAUUGGGAGACACAUCUGUAUCAUGAAUAUAAUUGGCAGUAAUAAGGAGUAAUUAAGUGUUGCAGUACUUCGUUUCGCCGUAUGCGGUUUCGAAACUGUAAACAAGUCAGUCAACUGAUUUCUUGGACUGCGGAUUUCAAUUAGACAUUUCUUAGUAACCAGCAGUGAUAUUGGACAAACCAAUACGCGUUUGGCUAUAAGGUAAUGUACUAAUUAACUACACAAGGUGCCAGUUACUGUAGCAUUCGUCAACUUUGCAUAAUCAAUGGGCCUAUUAUUCCUUUAAUCAUCCGCAAAAAUUUCUUUGUGGCAGACGAACUAUCGCCACGAGAUCGGAGCAACCAUUCCUUGAAACAGUACAGACGCGCGCUCUGCUCUCUGAAUGCGGGGCCGUGAUGUUCGCCUAUCCUUGCGGCAUCUGAGCUGCAUAGCAGGCUGGCACGCAGGCGGAACGUAAGGAUGGUGCUGCACGAGCUCCGCGACCAGUCUCUGCUGGUGCAAGCUGUCUUCCGCGGCGAUGUCAGUGAGGUCAGGGGCCUUCUCUACAAGAAAGAGGAUGUCAACGGCCAGGUGUGUAGCCCAGCGGCGGGAAACAAACGUCACGUGGCAUCGUCAGAUACAGUGGCGGUGCUAUUCGAUUUUACUUUUAGUUAUGAACAGGGGCAGACUCCGCUGCACCUGGCCGCGGCAUCGACGCACGGCGGCAUGUGCCUGCAGCUGCUCGUCAACGAGGGAGCCGACGCGAACGUGCAGAGCCGCGACGGCCGCACGCCGCUGCACAUGACCGCGAUCCACGGCCGCUUCACGCGCUCGCAGACGCUCAUCAACGCCGGCGGUGUCGUCGACGCGCUCGACCGCGACGACAACACGCCGCUGCACAUCGCCGCGCGACACGGCCACGAGCUGCUCAUCAACACGCUGCUGAGCAACGGUGCGGACGCGCGGCGGCGGGGGGCGGCAGGCAUGCAGCCGCUGCACAUGGCCGCGCUCGCCGGCUACGCCGACUGCUGCCGCAAGCUGCUCGAGGUCGGCUUCGACCUGGACGCGGCGGACGACUGCGGCCGCACGGUCGUGCACGCGGCGGCGUGCGGCGGCAGCAUCGAGUGCUUGGAUCUCCUCGUGAGUUCCGGCGGCGACCACGCGCGCGCUGACAAGCUGGGCCGCGUGCCGCUGCACUACGCCGCCGCCAGAGGGCAGCGCUUUGUGCUGCAGACGCUGCUCGCGGCAGCGGCCGCCGACCUGAUCGACGUCGGCGACGACGCGACGGCGACAACGCCGCUGCAUCUCGCCGCGUUCCGCGGACACGCGAAGGCGCUCUCCGCGCUCGUCGGAUUCUUCGCGAACGUCGACGCCGAGGACCGCAACAAGCGAACAGCUUGCGACCUCGCCGCGUUCGCCGGCCACGCGGCCUGCGUCGAGGCGCUCGUCCACCAGGGCGCGAACGUGGCGGCGCGGGAUUUGUUUCAUGUUGUGGACGUGAAUGCACGAGAUAAGAACUGGCAGACGCCCUUACAUGUGGCAGCCGCCAACGGCGCCGUCAAAUGUGCCGAGUGUAUCAUCCCGCUGCUCGGAAACGUAAACAUAUCAGACAGGGCCGGCCGCACGAGCCUGCAUCACGCCGCGUACAACGGACACGUGGAGAUGGUGGAGCUGCUUGUCCGACACAACGCUAGCAUCAACGCGUUCGACAAGAAGGACAGGAAAGCUAUCCACUGGGCAGCCUACAUGGGUCACCCUGCGGUCGUCAAGGUGCUGGUAGACCAUGGAGCAGAGAUCAAUUGCCGGGACAAGCAGAUGUAUACAGCCCUGCAUGCUGCCGCAGCUGGUGGUCAGGUGACCGUGGUCAAGCAGUUGCUGGACCUGGGUGUGGACCUGGAGGCGGUGAACGCAUGCGGCAACACGGCGCUGCACAUAGCCUGCCUCAACGGGCAGGACCUCGUAGCAGCUGAGCUGAUCGCAUAUGGAGCGUCCAUCAACACGAUGAACCACAGGGGGCAGACUCCGCCCUGUCACCUUUUGUUCGGCUUCGCGACGCCCUCGCAUUGCCUGCCCAGCUGCUCGUUAACGAGGCGAGCGACUGCUGAACGUUCGUCGACGCGCGUCGACCGCGACGACCAACACGCCGCCUGCAUCAUCGCGCCGGCGGACACCGGCACGAGCUGCUCAUCAACACCGUGCCUGAUAUCAACUUUGGGAUACGCGCGGCGGCUUGGGUUGUUUUUUGGGCGGCAGGCAUGCAAGCCGCUGCACAUUGGCCGCGUCUGCUACGCCGACUGCUGCCGCAAGCGCUUUCGCAGUCUUUCGACCUGGACGGGCGGGACGACUGCGGCCGCCAUUAUACGGUCGCUGCACGCCGGCGGCGCGUGCGGGCGCAGCAUCGAGUGCUUGGAUCUCCCCAUGCUGCGCGCACGGCAGCCGAGCGCUGUGCGUAGAGCUGCAUCAUUCAACACGUUCGGCGACAAGAUCCGUGAACCUGUGCGACCUGGCGCGGGCGCACGAUCGCUGCACGCCCGCAGGGCGUCGCGCACGCAACUGGCGCGCGCUGCGCGUGCUGGGCGCCACGGCGGCUGCCCGACGCCGCGCGACGUGCGCGCGUCCACCCCGGCGAUGCUCGCCGCCGCUGCGGCCACGCGCGGUCGCUCGAGCUGCCUGCUUGUCUCGCGCGCGCGCGCCGGGGGUGGCGACACGCCGGGCGACACGCGUGCCACUCGCAGUCGGCACGUCGCCACGACGCCGCCGCGCUCAUGCUCGUCGCACACGGCUGCCGCGCGACGCCGUCGACGCGCAGAACGGCGGGACGCCAGCGCCGCUGCACCUCGCUGCGCGGCACGGGCAUGCGGCGCACGCGCGGCGCGGCUGCGUGGGAGGCGCGGGCGAGCGUCGCGGCCGUCGACGCGGCGGCCGCUCCCCGCGCUCGCGUGCGCCGCCGACGCGCGCGUCGCAGCCUGCCUCGAGAUGAUCCUCGCGAGCAUGAUGCCGAACAACUUGGCGCCGCGCGGCGGGGGGCCGCCGUCGCAGCAGCUGCCGCCCGGGAAGGUCGGGGAGCGGCCCUCGGGGUCGGCGAGCAGCCCGACGGGCAGCGUCGACUUCCGUGAACACUCAAGCAUCUCGAGCAUGCAGAGCUCCGACUCCGAGUUCUACUGA